UUUAUUAUUGUUGUAAUUCAGGCAAUGUCACCACAACACCGGCUGUCGCCUAAUAUGCAAAACAUGCCGGUCCCCUCCAUGGCGAUGAACCCGAGCAUGGUGCAGAUGUCGCCGCUGCAGGGCGGCGUGUCGCCCGCGCACCAGCCGUCCCCCAUGAUGCACGCCUCACCCCCGCACAUGCAGCCCAUGAUGUCGCCGCUGCAGGGCGGCGUGUCGCCCGCGCACCAGCCAUCCCCCAUGAUGCACGCCUCACCCCCGCACAUGCAGCCCAUGGUAAGUCACACAGUGGAGCACGCCGGCCCCUCCAUGAUGAACCCGAGCAUGGUGCAAGAGUCGCUGCUGCAGGGCGGCGUGUCGCCCGCGCACCAGCCAUCCCCCAUGAUGCACGCCUCACCCCCGCACAUGCAGCCCAUGGUAAGUCACACAGUGGAGCAUGCCGGCCCCUCCAUGAUGAACCCGAGCAUGGUGCAAGAGUCGCUGCUGCAGGGCGGCGUGUCGCCCGCGCACCAGCCAUCCCCCAUGAUGCACGCCUCACCCCCGCACAUGCAGCCCAUGAUGUCGCCGCUGCAGGGCGGCGUGUCGCCCGCGCACCAGCCGUCCCCCAUGAUGCACGCCUCACCCCCGCACAUGCAGCCUAUGCAACCUGCGGGUCAGACGCCAGACCUGGGAGCGGCGCCGGCUCUGGACAGCGACAUGCAGUUCAACUCGGCCGACCUGUCCGGCAUCAUCGCCACCCUCGGGCCGCCCGAGCUGUCCGACAGCCUGCGAGCGCUGUCCACCAGCGAGCUCAUACCGACCAUGUAAGCACUAGCGACACUGUUGUUCUACU